AUGCAUCUUCUACCUACCAUCAGGAACUUUCUGUCGCUUUAUUCUGUUUCUACACUGGCAGCUGCCACAUCUACAAGCGCAAGCGCAUCCGAUGAUCUACAGAUAAUCCAUCAUGGAGAUCCACCAUCCGCCGAAGGCAUAUUCCGGCGCAAUUCCCAGAUCGCAUCAAAACUUGCGGAAGGACCUGCCCGUGGAGUCCGUAAAAUGAGCGACGACGAAGGUGAAAAGUUCUUCCUCGACUACUGGGAUUUUGCAGAUGCUUCAGGCGCUGUUGCCUCACAAUUGUCCCAAAGUUCCAACCAAACAUUGAUUGAUAGAGAUAUCGAGGAUGGAUACUCACCGUCGCGGUUUGUGGGUCAAUCAUUUCCUUUUGACCCAUCCUCUGCAUCGGGAUUUGGAGACGGCCUCCAGGCACGUCACUUCAAAUGCCCGAUUGGCACAUGGGCAUGCACGUCCAUCGGUCGAUCAGAUCGAUGCUGUGCAUAUGUCACGGUCAUCACAGUGACUGUCCAUUCAACCAUCAUGCUAUCUACAAUGACCUACUCUACAAUCCCGCAGACUAGCGGGACAUCCACCAGUUCAUCGCCCCAGCCCAGCUCGACGACCACAAAUGACAACUUUGUACCACCGGCUCGACCGACCGGUCUCUCCACAGAAACUAGUGUCACGCGAGGAGACGAUGUCUGUCCAACGGGUUUCUAUGCCUGCUCUGCAUUCUACCAAGGAGGGUGCUGCCGUACGGGACGAGACUGCGAUACGACUUCGUGUCCGACAGGUUCCUCAACAACAUUUGUCUCCGACGGGGUAACUGUGGUCGCACCCGUUGCGACGACCACCGGGCAAGCCACUGGCAAUCGAUGCGCGAAAGGCUGGUUCCAUUGUGCCGACACCGUAGGCGGAGGGUGUUGUCCACAGGGGUUUGCUUGUGGUUCCAGCUGCACUGCGACUGAUACCGCGUCCGAAACAACCGUUGCCAAGGAGGAAGCAACCAGCGGAGAUGGAGUCGAGUUAGGAGUUGGCAAACUGUUGCUUAUUAGCGUAAUCGGUGGUUUCUGGUUCCCGCACUCGGACCUGAUCACCGAUUCUCGCCGAACCUCACUCGCCCUCUGUCUUUCUCCUCUUCAACCCAUUUCGGUCGAGUAUGUACCUAUUUUGAACCUCAAUCUGUUGAACUGCACCAUAUUAACGUCUCCCAGGUCAUUCAUCAUGUCGGAAACUCCCCAGAAGCCCCUCCCCUUCAUCUACCAGUUCGCCGCCGGCGCGGUGGCUGGUGUCUCAGAGGUAUGCACCUUUCCCAGAACGCAAUUCCAACUUGAUUCGCUGGGUCAGGUUGGAGUGUUGCGAGAGUUGUUGCGACAGUACCCAUUGGACGUGCUUAAGACUCGAAUUCAGCUUCAGACUGGACCCGCCGUCCCCGGUGUCGACCACUACAAUGGCAUGUUCGAUUGCUUCCGCAAGAUCGUCAAGAACGAGGGUGCUUCCCGUCUAUACCGUGGUAUCUCCGCUCCCAUCCUGAUGGAGGCUCCCAAGCGUGCCACCAAGUUCGCUGCCAACGACAGCUGGGGUGCUUUCUACCGCAACCUGUUCGGCGCCGAGAAGCAGACCCAGGGUCUGGCCACCCUCACCGGUGCCACUGCUGGUGCCACUGAGGCUUUCGUCGUGGUUCCCUUCGAGUUGGUCAAGAUUCGUCUGCAGGACAAGGCCCAGGCCCACAAGUACAACGGCAUGUUUGAUGUUGUGAAGAAGAUCGUGGCUGCUGAGGGUCCUCUGGCCAUGUACAACGGUCUGGAGUCUACCAUGUGGCGCCACGUUCUCUGGAACGCCGGAUACUUCGGCUGUAUCUUCCAGAUCCGUGCACAGCUCCCCACACCCGAGCCUGGUAACAAGAACCAGCAGACUCGCAACGACUUGAUCGCUGGUUCCAUCGGUGGUAUCACCGGUACCAUCCUCAACACCCCCAUGGAUGUUGUCAAGUCUCGCAUCCAGAACACCACCAAGGUUCCCGGCCAAACCCCCAAGUACAACUGGGCUUGGCCUGCUCUCGGCACCGUGAUUAAGGAGGAGGGAUUCUCUGCCCUGUACAAGGGCUUCACUCCCAAGGUCCUGCGUCUCGGCCCCGGAGGUGGUAUUCUUCUCGUCGUCUACACCAAUGUGAUGGACUUCUUCCGCAAGAUGCGCGACGAGUAA